CACUGGGGCUCGAUAUGGGAUUGAACCACAGUUUAAGCAACGCUAGCUAGUUGUAAUUGCAAGCAUUUGUCCAGAGGCUCUUUGAUAAUAAAGUAGAUUCUUGAUAUUGUCAGGAAGACUGAGAUGUGAAAAUGUUUUCGGUUACACUUUCAGAGCAGCAGCAGAAGGACUUAGCGAAGAGCCUUGUAUUGUUCCUGUCGAGAUAUAAGCACAUAUCCGACUCUUACAUUAUUGAGUUUUUCAGUGAGAACCUGUGGGAAACACUACCUGAAGGAUGGCAGAAAGCUUUGCAAGAUUUAUCACCACCUCAGGUAGCAGACCUGCUGCUGGAAAGAGAGAUGAAGAACAGAGUCUACCCUUCAGUGUGGCCUCUAUCUUUACUGGCACUACGGGCCACAGCUCACAUACUGGCAUUUCCUCGGAUGCCUCCAGCCCACCGCUCCGAGGACACAGUAAAGCCAGUUGAAUUUCACUCUAACAACAGUCAAAGUUCUCUGCUUGGUCAUAUCUUCCGUAAACAUGUGAAACCCAAGAAACAACAUGAGAUUCGUAAGCUUGGCAUGUUAGUUAAGCAGCUGUGUGACCAGACCCAGUGUAGCAGUGUGGUUGAUGUUGGGUCUGGGCAGGGCCAUUUGACCCGUUUCCUGUCAUUUGGACUUGGUCUGGAUGUUAAUGCUGUUGAGGCUGAUCCCAAUCUAGUUUCCAUGGCCUUUAAAUUUGAUGGACAGCUCCUGUCGACUCUUGCCAAAGAGAGUCGUAAGACAGGCGUGGCUCACACAACACCUGAUCCUAUACCCCGGCACGUAGUUGGCUGGGUCAACCCCAGAGACACCUGGGAGACUUUCCUUCAGCAGCUGGAGCAGAUGGAGAAAAACUGUGAGAGUUACCCAGCCACAGCAAGACCAUGUAAAAAGAGACAGCGGGUAUCGAUGACAUCAGGCAAGGAAUGUGAGCUUGAAACAGAGCUCCUUUGUGGAAGCCAGCAUUUGUGCGCAGGGGAAUGCAGUUUGGUAGCUUCUGCUGAAGAGAAUUCAGCUAAGUCUGUUCUUCAGCAACAUGAAAAGGAAAGCAAUGACUGUGUAGCUCUGCCAGACACUGUGAUGGCAGAAAAUCGCCCUCAAGCUGGUUUUGGAUGGACUUCAUCCAUGCAUUCUGAGACUUGUUCUAGUGUUAAAGAACCAAUGUGGUCAGAUUUUGUACUGACUGGACUUCAUGCUUGCGGUGACCUUAGUGCUACUCUCCUCCGCCAUUUUGCCAACUGCCCCCAUGUCCGAGGAAUCACCUCUGUAGCAUGCUGCUAUAUGAAAAUCACUACCAAGGAGAACCCUACGCCUCCUGGAGUCAUCCUACCCACUCUGUCUGAUAACACAGCUGAAGUAUCACAAUCAGAAUAUGGCUACCCAAUGAGCAAGUGGGUGAGACGGUUGCCAGGACACGAGCUAUCGUAUAAGGCCCGUGAGGGAGCGUGCCAUGCACUCGAAGACUAUCUCCAUAGGUUGAGAGAUGAGAGCUCAUUGCUGAAAAUGCACUGCUACCGAGCAGCCCUGGAGGUUAUCAUCAGAGCAGAGAGGCCUCAGCUACGCAGAGCAGGCAUCCAGACCAUUAAAAAAGCCCAUACACUACCUUUCGCUGAGUAUGCCCGUCUGGGGCUCGCGCGUGUUGGCUUGCCUGCUGACCUGACUUUUGACCCUGUCAGUGUGGAAGGCCUGCUGGAGCAGCAGGGCAGAGUGGUGGUAUAUUUCAGCCUGGCUCUGCUGCUGGCUCUGGUUGUGGAGACUCUGGUCCUUCUGGACAGAAUGCUCUACCUACAGGAGAGAGGUUUUCAGAGCCAGCUGAUUCCAUUGUUUGAUCCAGUACUUUCACCCCGAAACCUUGUGCUGGUGGCAGUGAAACCCAAAGAAGAUAGAAGAUAGUAGAACAAUUCAAACCUGCAUUUAAUGUCUAUAAUGCCCAAAAUGUCCAAAAUUGGAUUUGCUUAAAGGGAAAGUACACUGAUGAGACUCAAGUAUGUUUAUUUGUGAAAUCAUGUUGCUUAAAUGCAAUGCUCUGAAUUUUAAAUCACUUUUUAAAACUGCUGACAAAUAUUUUCUCCUGAGAUGUACUGGCAUAUAAUGGUUUUAGCUGCUUUAUUGAACAAAACCCGGUCCAGAACUCAAUAUAAUAGGCAAAAUCCUUAAUAAUAGUGGAGGUACUGUAUGUAUUUUAAACUUUUUCUUAAGUUUGGGAAUUAGACCAAAUCUUGUUCAGAAAAGUGAAAUCUCCCUGUAUAUUUCUGCCUGUGGUAAAUUGUCUAAAUUGCUUGAUGUUAUUGAUUUUAUUUUGCUAAAGCUUUUUAAUACACUUGCUUUCCCUAUCUCUCUCAUUUUGUUAGCAAAUGUCUCGGACAACCUAUAAAAAAAUAAUCCUCUUUGGCCCACAGAGGAAAUUAUAUAGACCCCAACAGUUCUCUCAUAGUUACCAGAGUGAAUGUGUUAUGCAGGUUGUUUUACAUUAAUGCCUCUGAUUAAUUACCAGGUUUGUUACACAAUUAACAUGCGGGAGUACUUAAACCAUUAUGUGUAGUAUUCAAUUACAUUAGAACUGCUGAGUGGGUAGCCUUUGACUAGCGUGCUCUGCCUGAGACCUAAUAGUAUUAAUGAAGGUAUCAGAGCUCAGGAUCUCUGGUGCAUCUCAUAAAACAUUUAGAACGCCACAGAUAUGAACCUACUAAAACGUUUUAGGCAGAAUCAAAGAUAGAAUCCAGCUUAACUGAAGAAGUGAAAGACUAUUUUUAAUAAACUGCUUUCUGUCAGUUUCUGAAGAGAAAAAAAAGCUAAUUAAUUGCUCUCACAUAUGCAUGUCAGAAUCAACUAAACUCCAGGUAGUUAAAUUCAUGGUGAUACUAAAGGUGAUAUUCUCAUUGUACGUUUGCUUGAAAGCCAUAUGAAUUAACAUUUGGUAAAGCAGCGUUUCAUCCCCCUGAUCUCAAACCAUCAUGUAAUACUUAUUACAUACAUACAUACAUACAUACAUAUACAUAUACAUAAAUAUAUACAUACAUACAU